AUGGCCAGAGUACACAAAGAUUUCCUUGUCAAAGACAUCCUCAUCGGCCAGAUUCUCGGAGACGUACCACGACAAGACCGACCCGCUCCCAUCUUCUCCAGGAACGAGCUCAUGGAAUUCGGCUUCAAAGCCAAGCUUGUCAAAACCUUCGUCGAAGGCGGAGACAGACCCGAAACCACAGACAAGAACACCGUGCAACAACAAACCGACUAA